GGAGGAGCUUGAGGGAAGCGUGCGAGAAGGGGCGUAACUGAUUUGGAAACCAGAGGAAAGGCGCUGUUUUCACCGAAUUAGAAUCGCGGGAAAAUAGAGAAGAGUUUGUUUGAAGAUCUCGCGAGAUCGAGACCGGAAGUCCUUCAUCUCAAGCAUCCAAUGCUGAAAGCGGCCUGACUUUCUCUACCGGAAGCCCUUUUCCAGAGGCUGGGAACACGGCCCACCUGCCAGGAAGUCCCACCUCCUUGAGCUCCGCCACCCUUCCCGAAGUUUUUCUGUCACCUGUGUUAGGCUCCGUCCCCUUUCCCCGUUUUAUCCCGUACCAGAAAAGGAUACAUUUAGUGCCUCCCACCCAGCUCCACUGAACGGGACGCGCGGCCUCCCCAGCCUCUUUCCUCCCGCUGUCAUGCACCUUGCAGCCUUCCCGCUUCCUGUGGUUGUGGCCGCUGUGCUGUGGGGAGCGGCCCCGACCCGGGGGCUCAUUCGAGCGACCUCGGACCACAAUGCCAGCAUGGACUUUGCAGACCUUCCAGCUCUGUUUGGGGCUACGUUGAGCCAGGAGGGCCUCCAGGGGUUCCUUGUGGAGGCUCACCCAGACAAUGCCUGCAGCCCCAUUGCCCCACCACCCCCAGCCCCGGUCAAUGGGUCAGUCUUUAUUGCGCUGCUUCGAAGAUUCGACUGCAACUUUGACCUCAAGGUCCUAAAUGCCCAGAAGGCUGGAUAUGGUGCCGCCGUAGUCCACAAUGUGAAUUCCAAUGAACUUCUGAACAUGGUGUGGAAUAGUGAGGAAAUCCAGCAGCAGAUCUGGAUCCCAUCUGUAUUUAUUGGGGAGAGAAGCUCCGAGUACCUACGUGCCCUCUUUGUCUACGAGAAGGGGGCUCGGGUGCUUCUGGUUCCAGACAAUACCUUCCCCUUGGGCUAUUACCUCAUCCCUUUCACAGGGAUUGUGGGACUGCUGGUUUUGGCCAUGGGAGCAGUAAUGAUAGUUCGUUGUAUCCAGCACCGGAAACGGCUCCAGCGGAAUCGACUUACCAAAGAGCAACUGAAACAGAUUCCUACACAUGACUAUCAGAAGGGAGACCAGUAUGAUGUCUGUGCCAUCUGCCUGGAUGAAUAUGAGGAUGGGGACAAGCUGCGGGUACUCCCCUGUGCUCAUGCCUACCACAGCCGCUGCGUGGACCCCUGGCUCACUCAGACCCGGAAGACCUGCCCCAUCUGCAAGCAGCCCGUUCAUCGGGGUCCUGGGGACGAAGAGCAAGAGGAAGAAACUCAGGGGCAAGAGGAGGGUGACGAAGAAGGGGAGCCAAGGGACCACCCUGCCUCAGAAAGGACCCCACUUUUGGGUUCUAGCCCCACUCUUCCCACCUCCUUUGGUUCCUUAGCCCCAGCUCCCCUUGUUUUUCCUGGGCCUUCAACAGAUCCCCCACCCUCUCCUCCCUCUUCCCCUGUUAUCCUGGUCUAACCCCCUACACAUACACUUCUGGUGACCUAUUUGCACAGACUGUCGUCUUCCCUCUAGUCUUCUAAGUUGAGGGAUAGGGGACAUUCCAUCCCAAGCUUCUCUUGUACCCACACCUAUCCUUUUGAGGGGCUUUGGGGUAGGGCUGGGGCAAGCAAAGGGACUGGGUCUUCACUUCUUGGGCUAAUAAAAUUUGUUUUUUUGUGGACUAA